AUGACCCGUGUCUUGAAGAUGCUGCGACAAGGAUCCCACGCGGCCUUCCCCGCCCGGGAGCGACAGCUGCGACAGCAAUUUUGUUCUUCGUCUCGGAUGCGAAUGGCAGCCGUGCUGUCUUAUGUGGUUUUCGUUGCUCUUCUCUGCCACGCACCUCUCUUCACUGCGGAGGCCGCGCAAAAGGUCUUCGCUGAGUGCAAGCCAGGUGCGAAUGAGAUCACGUGCACUUGCAGUGAGGCGUCCGACCAGCAAGUCGAGGAAACAAUGUCCGCCACCCUGUCACAGAAACAAAAUGUCAUGAAACUGGUCUGUAAGCCUGAUAUGGCGUGCGCUCCGGAGGGGCUUAGUAAGAAGGUCUGCAAAGCAACAGACAGCACCUUGGACCAAGGCACAUGCGACGAGGAACUCAGCAGACUUUUGGCUGGCAGCCAGCGUGACGUGAGCUGGGAAGAGGUUAAGGAAAAGAUCCAGCUCCAGGGCGAAUCGAAGAGCCUGACUGUCCCACCACAGAACUUCCCGUUCGUCGAUGAACAAUUUGCUGUGGGCUGCAAGGCCAGCGACAACGAGAAAAAGUGCACAUUUACUGUGACGCUGGCAGCCCGCCCUACAGCAACAGACGGCCAGACUGUCACAUGUGCCUACGGAGCCAGCAGCAACCAGUCCCACCAAAAAAUAAAGCUGAAUCCGACACAAAACAGUUUCACCUUGGUUUGUGGAGAGAAGGGGGAGGUGCUGCCGACGAGGUACGAGGAGGGAUUCUGUUCUUCAGGAUUGAAGGGAGAUGAGGAGUCUUGUGAGGGGAGCUACACGUCGGUUCUCCCGGGCUAUGAAGCGAAAUGGUGGAGUAAGCAUGAUGCUGACAAUUCAUACACGUUGUCGAUUCCAAAUGACAAGUUUCCGGCGGAGGAGGCGAAGCUCAUUGUCGGAUGCCGACAGAAGCCAUCAUCCGACCCCGCUAAGGGGGCUACAGCGGCUGCUGUGAGUUCGACUGUGUGUAACGUGGACGUGACGAUCGAGGCCAGUUCGUCUGCGUCUUUGUCUUCGAGGCGUGAAGAUGUGUUUGGUUUACUCGCGGGUGCUGCAGUGAUGACGGUUUUUGCUCGGCAUGCCUGA